UCUAGGCAGAUUCGCCUUCGCUCUGUUCAGUAGCAGCUGCUCUGGUCGAGGUCUGGAUUCUGUUGUGCAAUGCACGAAGCAUCUUCUGUUUCUCGCAAGCAGGCCUCCAAGUAGUUUAAGACAUGAAAACAGCUCCUCGCUUAUGCGUUAUUCUGUUCAUCUCCCUCUCCCUCGUCUUGUCGCUACAUACGUUGGUGUCAGCCGAGGGAGCCUCGGCCAACGACUCGGAAGAAUCCGAGCCGUUAGAUGCGCCUCCGGACAUUCCGGAACUUGCGGAGAUUCCGGAGGUUCCGGAGAUUCCGGACGUUGAGCAACUCGCGGAAGGUUCCGACAACGAUUCUGGGAAUGAGGAAUCUGAGGCGGAGGCGGAGGAGGCAGCUGGAUCGCAUGUUAACGAGCUGCUGCGAAUAGGGUUACCAACUAACACGAGUGCGAAUGCGACGAAUGCAGAAACUUCAGAUGAGGCUGAAGCAGCAGCGAGUGCUAAGGACCAGGUCCCUGCGUUCCUAUUGGCUCUUGAGACUCGCAACCGCCAGCUGGCGCGUCACUGUGGCGCCACGCGUCUCUUCAGCGAGAAACGCACCACAGCAGCAGCAGCAGCAGCCGCAGCCGCAGCAGCUGCUUCUUCUGAUGGCAGCAAUGGCGGCAGCAACGGUCUGCUGCUGUGGAAGCCAGAGCCGGACCGAUACCUGCUGCUGUCCUGUCACAAGGGCAAGCUCAGCGAGCGAAUGGUGUGCCUGCAGCACCACCUGCUGCUAGCAGGGCUGCUCAACCGCACACUUAUCAUCGACCGCUUCCACGCCAAGGGCGUGAGGGGCGAGCACUCGUGGGAGCUGGCUCUCGACAUCGGGCACGUGCGCAUGUGCUACGGGGAGGACACAGUGGUGUUGGCUGGUGAAUUCAGGGAAAGGGAGAAGAGGAGGGGAGGAGGGGGCGAGGAGGGAGAAGGGGGGAGGAGGGCGUUGGUUGGUGAGCUCGGGGCGGAAGGGGGGAUGAAAGGGGAUGUGGAGGAGGUUGAGGAGGAGGAAGAUGAGGGGAAGGGGGUCGAAGGGGUAGCAGAGGACGAGGAGGAACUACAGUGGGGAGGUGUGGGAGAAAGUGGGGGAGAGAGUGACGGAGAAGUGGGAGGAGAAGAGGCAGGGACUGGCCAAUGGAGACGGCUUCUCAAGGGGAAGAAAAAGAAGAAGAAGCUGGAAAAAUCGGACGACUCAUCCGUUGAGGAAUCCGGCACAGACUCAGCUCCAGACACGAUCGACCCGGAAGCAGCAGCGCACCCCAUAGCAAUCAUCGCCCUAGUCCCCUGGUACAAGGACAAGACCGUUCUCCCUAAGAGGUUCCGCGCCCGUCCCGACCUCUCCUUCCCCCGAGCGGCCCUAUUCGCCAACCUCACCCGGCGAUCCCCCCUCCGGUCUUUCCUUUCGGUUUACACUGCUUCUGAGGUUCGCUCGGCCCGCGUACUCUUCGUAGGGGAUCUUCUUUAUGCGUUCUGGGAGGUGCCAGAUGCACCGCAUCUGGUCAACCUCCCUGGUGACGCGCCGUUUGUUCGUUCGCCGGGCUGCCCAAACCCGUACACUCUCCUGCCCAACCGGAAGGUGCUGCGGCUGGCGAAGGAGAUUCAGAAAACGUUUUUUUCGGGCAGCGACGGGGCGAAAAUUCCGUUUCUUGCUGUGAAUUAUGAGAAGAGAGCGGGGUUGGAGGGACAGUUGUGGUGCGACUUGGGGGGGGAUGCAGAGGCAGCAGCAGCAAGAGCAGCGGCAGCGGAGAAGGAAUCAAAGUCUAGUGUAGGGUUUGUGAAGAAGGGGAAGAGAAGAGGACUGAGGAGUGUUGAGGAUGAUAGGAAUGGCAACAGUAGCAGCAGCAGCAGCAGCAGCAGCAGUAGAAGUGAUAGUGCAAGUGGCGAUGGUGGUUACAUUGAAGGCGUUGGUAACCGUGCCUGCCAGCUGUCGGUUGCUGAGGUGGCAGGUUGCUUGUGGCGCAAGCUGUCGGCUUCAGGCAUCCGGCGGCUGUUUCUUGUGACUGACGCUUCUGAUCAAGAGGUGCGAGAGGCAUGGUACAAGCUGUGGGAGAUCAACGGGCAGCCUGUGCGCUUCGUGCUCCUACGCUCCUUCCACCAGCGUAUCCUCAAGCGCUUUCCCGGAACCUUCCAGCAGGUGCUGGACCUGGUAACCAUGGCAAUCAGUGCACAAGCUGACGUGUUUCAGGGUUCCUUUGGGUCCGUUUUCUCGUUGCAAACCAUGCGGUUGCGGUACGCAUUUAGCACGGCUACCUGCAAAGAUACAGCGCUCGGGGAUGAUUUUCUCAUGCCCCUUGAUGCAACUGCUGAUGCUGGGCCAGGUGUGCUACUGGACCUACAGGAUAAUGGCUUGUGAGGUGGUGGGUACAUGAGCAGUUCAGCACGGCCCACACUGCCCACACUGCCCACACUGCCCUGGGAGACACUGCAACUGGUGAUGCCCAUAGACACCACUGCGGAUGGGCCAGAGGUGUUGAUGAGCCUGCAGGGUAACAUCCUGUGGCAAUCUUAUGCCGCUUGUGGUAUCUUGAGAUGCUGUAACAGUAUUGACGCAUGCUGGGUGGGAAGGACAGUAGCAAUUCAAGAGCAGCUUCAGACAACCCUCCACCAAUUGC